UCGGCGGCCCACCACUCAAUCUCUCUCCUCCCCCUCCUCGGCCACCUGCUCCUCCCGAAGCGCCGAAACCCUAACUCCACCGAUCUCUCUCCACCCCGGGGGAGGCGAUGGCGGCGGCGCCGGCGGCGGGAGGGCAGGGAGGCGGCAUGGACGCCGCGCUCCUCGACGACAUCAUCCGCCGUCUGCUCGAGGUGCGGACGGCGCGCCCCGGCAAGCAGGUGCAGCUCUCCGAGUCGGAGAUCCGCCAACUCUGCACCGCCUCCCGCGACAUCUUCCUCACCCAGCCCAACCUCCUCGAGCUCGAGGCGCCCAUUAAAAUCUGCGGUGAUAUCCAUGGUCAGUACAGUGAUCUUUUAAGGCUAUUUGAGUAUGGAGGUUUUCCCCCAGAAGCCAACUAUCUAUUCUUAGGCGAUUAUGUUGAUCGAGGCAAACAGAGUCUGGAGACUAUAUGCCUCCUCCUUGCAUACAAAAUCAAGUACCCCGAGAACUUUUUUCUUCUGAGAGGCAACCAUGAGUGUGCUUCAAUAAACAGAAUAUAUGGAUUUUAUGAUGAAUGCAAGCGUCGCUUCAAUGUGCGGCUAUGGAAGGUCUUCACCGACUGUUUUAAUUGUCUCCCUGUGGCCGCUCUAAUCGAUGAUAAAAUAUUAUGCAUGCAUGGUGGCCUUUCUCCUGAUCUGGGACACCUAGAUGAGAUAAAAAACUUGCCCCGUCCUACCGAUGUGCCAGAUACAGGUCUACUAUGCGAUCUUCUUUGGUCUGAUCCAGGAAAAGAUGUCCAAGGGUGGGGCAUGAAUGAUAGGGGCGUUUCAUACACAUUUGGCCAUGACAAAGUUACGGAGUUCCUUCUAAAGCAUGAUCUUGAUCUUAUUUGCCGUGCCCACCAGGUUGUCGAGGAUGGGUAUGAAUUCUUUGCUGACAGGCAACUGGUCACCAUAUUUUCGGCUCCCAACUAUUGUGGUGAAUUUGAUAAUGCUGGAGCAAUGAUGAGUGUUGAUGAAACUUUGAUGUGUUCAUUUCAAAUUCUCAAACCUGCUGAGAGAAAAAUCAAAUUUAUGGCGUCAAACAAAAUGUGAAAUGAUGAAGCUCUUUCCUCUUCUAGAGGCUCUGAGGCUCUCAUGUGGACACAAUCACAUCAAGACAUCAACGCGCAGGCGCUAUGCUUGAAGGCAGCAUCGGGCUAGUUCUACUGGAUUAGUCAAAUAAUAUCAUUUCUAACAGUUGGUCUGAAAGUUACUCUUCAUAGCAAGUGCCAGAAUUUUUUUCCUUUUCUGUUCCCACCGGGUGUGAAACUAUCUUGUAGCUGUAGAUAUAUUGAUUAUGGAAGGCUGAAGUUCGCAAUUGAUGCAAGAUGAUCCCCUCCAGCAAGAAAAAAAAAGUUCUGAAUAUGAGAGUUUUCUGUUUGGGAGUUCCACUAUUUAAAAAGCACCUGUAUCACUUACUGAGGUAAGAACGAAAGCCAAGCCUGUGUUUCUGUUGCUGUAAGCAAAUAUUGGAUGAGUUUUAUUUUAGUUUUUAGAGAGCGAUAAUGGUAAUUCAAAUAGUAUGAGCACAAAGAAUGCUGAUGCUUGGUGGGAACUUGAUGAGAAAAUAUUCAGCACGUUCCUGAUGUAGGCUUCAAUUUUCAAGGUGCUGGAUGGCUUGA